CAGGGUAUCCGCCCCUUUCUUCUGAGACUAAGGCGUGCGCAAAACGUGUUUUAACGCCACUUACUGACGAGAACUUGGAGGUGACGUUUCUACUUAGUUUGGCGUUGCUAUGGGAGAUUUGGACUAAGAAGGAGCUAUGGCAGGUAGCAACAAAAAUACUGCAGAUAUGCGAAGAGAGCUGAACCCCAAGGACUUUUCUGAGCAUCUCAAUGAGGCGGAUGAACUUUGGGAGGACAAGGGCUGCAAAGGUGUGGCACAGAGGAAGAUGAUGGACAGCUCACAGGAGAUGUCGUGUCUCAUCACAAAGGUGAAGCGUGAACUCUGGAAGGACAUGGAGAGAGAAAGCAGGGAGCACAGGAGCGCGGUGAUGGAGGAGAUGUCCGGGGAGAUUUCCUACCUCAUCAAGAAGGCGAAGCGGGAAUUGUGGAUGGACACCAGGCGAGAGAGGAGCGAGCUGAAGGAGACCACGUCGGAGCUGAUCUCGGAUCAGAUGCAUGACUUGUGGCAGGACAUGUGGGGCGAGUUUGACAAGCAAAGGAGCGAGAUGAGGAAGACGUCAGAAGACAUCUCGGAUAUGGUGAAGAAGGCCAUACAGGAGUUGCGGAGGGAGACCUCAAAGCAGCACAAGGAGCUGCAAGACAUCAUCGACGAGCAAGACGAGCUCUUCGACACCUUGGAAAAGUCUGCUGAGGAGCAAGCGGAGGCCACCAAAAGUCUCCAGAGUCUCACCGAGAACCUCAGUGACGACGUCGCCGACAUCCGGGCCGAGGUGGAGGAAGUGAAGAAAGAAGCCGCGGCGCUUCGCCAAGUCCUGCACCCGCAGAGGAGCCAAUGACGCGUCGGCGGAGCAACAGGUGCUGGACUUCCUGCGCUCCAAGAAGGUGGAGGUGGACGCCGACAACAUCGACUCGUGCGUGCCGGUGUACGGGAGGUGUCGUCGCGGCGUGGCGGCGGCGGCGGUGGUCGUGGUGGUGGUCAAGUUGACCGCCAACAAACACAAGGUGGCGCUGCUGAAGCAGAGGAGCAAGCUGAAAGGCACGGACGUCUACAUCAACGAGCAUCUGACCAAACGCAACGCCGACAUCGCCAGGAGAGCGCGGCAGCUGAGGAGGACGGGCUGGAUCCAGAACACCUGGACCUCCAACUGCAGGGUCUACAUCCAGCUGAACGGAGAAGCCCGCAGAGUGGUGGCUGUCAAGGACAUCAAGGAACUGGACAAAAUCUACUAAAACACAGCGAGGAAGAAAUGUUAAGUGUCGUUCCAAAUAAACUAAAGCAUCAACACUUUUGGGAAAAAUGUCACAUUUUUGCUAAUUCAAUCAAUCAACGUUGACUUCUGUAGGCCUUAAACACAAAUGUCUCAAAGGGCUGCACAAGCCACACCAUUCUUGGUGGUAAGCAUUCCAUUCAAACCCAUUCUCCAUUCAAAAUCAAGACUUUUUUUUUUUAGUAACACUGACUAUUGAUUUGAGACUUUUAUUAGUAGAUUGCACAGUACAGUACAUAUUUAUUAGUAGAUUACACAGUACCAGAGGUGGGUAGAGUAGCCAGAAAUUGUACUCAAGUAAGAGUACUGUUACUUUAGAGAUUUAUUACUCAAGUAAAAGUAAGGAGUAGUCACCCAAAUAUUUACUUGAGUAAAAGUAAAAAGUAUGUUGUGAAAAAACUACUCAAGUACUGAGUAACUGA